CGGGGGAAGAGAUCCGCGGGUUCGAGCGCGGGACGACGCCAUGGGGAACGGCUCGACCAAGCUGGACAAGGCGCUCCUGGCGGACACGGACGGCGAGCGGUACUACGGCCUGGAGAACUUUGGGAACACUUGCUACGCCAACUCGGUCUUGCAGGCGCUCUACUUCUGCAAGCCGUUUCGCCACGCGAUCCUCGAGUACCACGAGUCGCUCCCGAAGGAUCACGACGAGAGCCUUCUGACCGCGCUCGGGGACCUGUUCGCGUCCAUCUCCAACCAGAAGAAGCGCACGGGCGUGUUGGCGCCCAAAAAGUUCAUCGAGCGGCUCAAGAAGGACAACGUCAUCUUCAACUCGUACAUGCACCAGGACGCGCACGAGUUUUUCAACUUUGUGGUCAACGAGUGCUGCGAGGUGCUCGUGAAGCAGCACCGGCGGGAACACCCCACGCCGGACGGGGAGGAGACCAAGCCGGUGAAGACGUGGAUCCACGACAUAUUCGAGGGAGGACUGACGAAUCAGACCCAGUGUUUGUGGUGCGAGAACGUCACGUCGCGGCACGAGGCGUUUAUGGAUCUGAGCCUCGACAUUGAGCAAAACGCGAGUGUCAGCGCGUGCCUCAAGCAGUUCUCGUCCAACGAGCUUCUCGCGUCGCAGGAUAAGUUCCAGUGCGACGCGUGCGGGGGCUUGCAGGAAGCGCACAAGCGCAUGCUCGUGAAGUCCUCCCCGAAGGUGCUGGCGCUGCACCUGAAGAGGUUCAAGUACCUCGAAUCCCUCGGCCGGCACGCUAAGCUCAUGCACCGCGUGGUGUUCCCGUCGGAGCUCAAGAUUCCCAACAUGACGGAGGACGCGGACGGUCAGGACGCCGCGUACCAGCUCUUCGCGGUGGUGGUGCACGUGGGGUCGGGGCCCAACCACGGUCACUACGUGUGCCUGGUCAAGUCGCACGGGCAGUGGCUCACGUACGACGACGACACCGUGGAGCUGAUGGACGACGACGCCAUGAACAACUUCUUCGGCAGCACACAGGAACACAGCGGGGGGAACACGGAGCACGGCUAUAUCCUGUUCUACGAGAGGGUGGACGGGGCGGAGUGGAGCGGGAGCGGCGGCGGGGAGGGGUCGAGGGGCGCGCGGGGAGGGCUCAGCGAGGCCCUGGCGACGGCCCAACAGUAGCGGCAAGGAGCCAAAAAGUUUCAACGCUCUCAUCGAUAACUUUUGUC